AUGGGUGAUAACUCCAUUAUUGGUGUUGUUGCUGCUGCCUUCGCAAAUUUGUGUGUUUUUGACUCUAUUCCAGAUACUGGCUCCAAUACUUGGAUAAUUGACACUGGUGCUUCUGAUCAUAUGACUUAUGAUACUAAAUUUUUUGAUGAGUUGUCUAGUAACACCUGUGACCCAUACAUAACUAGUGCUAAUGGCUUGCCCUCUCCAAUUACUGGUGAGGGCACAAUCUCUCUCACUCCUACCUUGUCCUUGUCUUGUGCGUUACUAGUUCCCAAUAUCCAUUGUAACUUGUUAUCUGAUCUUAAGACUCAUGAUAUGAUUGGGCAUGGUAAACGGAUAGGGGGGAGUCAUCGUACUGUGUUUCCUUUGAGUGACAGUAAAGCUGCCAAGCCUUUUGAUUUAGUGCAUUAUGAUGUGUGGGGUCCAGCUCGCGUUACUUCAAACGGAUUUCGUUGGUUCAUUAUAUUUAUUGAUGAUUGUACCCAACUCACUUGGGUUUUCUUGUUGAAAAAUAAACAUGAUGUUGCUUCCAUCCUUCCAGAGUUCUGUAUUAUGGUGUUUACUCAGUUUCAUGCUCGGGUCAAAGUAUUUCGGACUGAUAAUGGAGGCGAAUAUGUGAAUAACACUUUGACAUCUUUCUUCCGUGCUCAAGGUAUUAUUCACCAAACGACAACCUCAUUUACUCCUCAGCAGAAUGGUGUGUCUGAACGCUAG